UCAUUCUACCACGUUGUUUGAAAUAAAUUCUGCUUCAGGGCUGGUGUAUAUUUUAGUUUACCACUCUGGUAACGGAUGUAAUGAUGAGUUUAGACAUCAAGGUAUUUAGCCUCUUAAAACGUGUAAUGUUGGUGGGCAACCAGAAUUUAAGGUUAUCUGCCUGAAAAAUCAUUACGAAGUAUGUAUGGGCAAAGUAUGUACACAAUUGCACAGCUAAGUAUGAUAAAAAUUAGCGAUAGCAGUGACAACGACUGCUUGCCUAACCUAGCUUGACCUUCGUGCAGUGAGGCCCCCCUCCCCUUCUUGAAUCUGUAAUGGGUGCCUCCAUUGUGAACAUGAUGCGUAGACGGGUACCCUACACCCCCUUUAAUAACUGAUCCAGUUUAUGACAUACACAUGCGACAGGUAGACUGUUUCCAUGGCAUACAUAGACGAGGAGCCGGUCUGUAUACAGUAUAGGCUUUGGAAACAGUCUGGCAUCCUGGUCAGAGGACAGGUAGUGAUUGAGUACUGUACCGGUCGGACUACCCCUGUUGACUGGACUCCAAAUAAUUGAGGGUGUUCCUACGCAAAUGAGUUGUCCCUACUUGUGCGUCAGGAUAUAACCUUGGAAUGCCUGUUCCAUGCACAGAUGAAAUCAAGUCAAAACACCUGCCUGUCAUAUGUUGUCAUAUCUUAGGUCGAAAGUGAUACAGGAACUCUCGUGAGAUUGCUUCGUCAAGUUGUGACUGUUUGGCUUUCUCCCUUACAUACACAGGGUUUCUAACGUCUCGAACACGAGAUGUUAUGACGUUCUAUAGCCCCAAGCUGUAUUCAUUUGAUUUCACAUGCCCUGUGAAAUUCGUCACCGGGCACAAUUGAACCAAUCCUAAUUACUUAAGAGCUAUAAUUUGGGAAACUAUCAAGCUUUCUGUACUGUUCAGUGUGCGCGAGGACAGGACAGAGGCUUAAAAUGUUUGUCGCAAGGCUAUGCUAUUUGUUGAGGAUACUUCUGCUGCUUGUGGAGGUGACCCUUUCAGAAGCCUGCAUUCAACACUCCAGAGUCACCCACAGUGAGGUAUACAACGGGAUCUGCUACACUUUCGGCAAUGUGAGGGAGAAUUUCAACACGUAUGUCAACACAGAUUGCGCUGCCGUGGGCGGAACACCAGCGCUCAUCACGAACAAUGACAUCCAAACAUUUCUGUCAGAAACCAUAUCCGGAAACGCAGCAUUAAAUACUUCCACCUUCUGGAUUGGACUAGAAUACAUGGAUAACGAGCAGAGAUGGGCAUAUACCGACCAAGCAAGGACUUCCCUUCCAGGCGGCUAUAACGAGUGGGCAAAGGGUGAGGAACCAGAAAAUGCAGCACCACCGAAAACCUGUGUGCUUCUUCUGCCUGAACGGGGCCACAGAUGGGGCAUCAGAGACUGCGGAAAACCUAAACUUGGGCUCUGUCAGAUACCUGUUCCUUCGCCAAGCCCAUCAUCGUCAGCUCUAGCACACACAGCCUCGACAACUCUCCCUCAGCCUGUUGCUACCUUCCCUCCAGGUUGUGCACCAAAUCCAGAGUUGGCAGCUAGUGCGGAAUACAACGGAAUAUGUUACAUCUUUUCUGCACGUCCAACCGACUACAGAACGUACCUGCUAACAGACUGUCCAAAGUUUGGUGCAACACCGGUCUUAGUUACCAACAACCAGAUACACCAGUUCCUGGUGUCACAACUGAAACAAUAUCCGCAGUUUGACGGCAAACACUUUUGGAUUGGUCUCAUUCAUCAUCCGGACCAUGACCAUUGGAUCUACGCCGAGGAAAGUCUGACACCGCUGCCAGACGACUUUAAUGAGUGGGCACCCGACCAAAACGUGACCCACGUGUCUGUUCCUAACAACUGUGCGACCAUGUCUGUCGCUCACAACUACAGCUGGGUCUUGGAGAACUGUCGGGCAACAACUCCACACUACAUUUGUCAGAUUGGUCCUUCGACUACGAUUGCUCCAACUACUUCAAGAACGUCAACCGUGAUCACUUCAAUUGGACGGACAACUCCUUCUCGGUCUGUUUCUACCUUCCCUCCUGGUUCAACUGUACGGACAACUCCUUCUCGGUCUGCCCCUACAUUCCCUCCUGGUUGUGCGCCGUAUCCAGAGUUGGCGGCUAGCGCGGAGUACAGCGGCACAUGUUACAUCUUAUCUGCACGUCCAACCGACUACAGAACGUACCUCAAAACAGACUGUCAACAGUUCAACGCAACACCGGUCUUAGUUACCAACAACCAGAUACACCAGUUCCUGGUGUCACAACUGAAACAAUAUCCACAGUUCGACGGCAAACACUUUUGGAUUGGUCUCAUUCAUCAUCCGGACCAUAACCAUUGGGUCUACGCCGAGGAAAGUCUGACACCGCUGCCAGACGACUUUAAUGAGUGGGCACCCGACCAAAACGUGACCCACGUGUCUGUUCCUAACAACUGUGCGACCAUGUCUGCCGCUCACAACUACAGCUGGGUCUUGGAGAACUGUCGGGCAACAACUCCACACUACAUUUGUCAGAUUGGUCCUUCGACUACGAUUGCUCCAACAACUACAAGAACGUCAACCGUGAUCAGUGCUUCAACUACGAUUGCUCCAACUACUACAAGAACUCCAACCGUGAUCAGUUCUACUGUACGGACAACUCCUUCUCGUCCUGUCCCUACCUUCCCUCCUGGUUGUGCGCCGUAUCCAGAGUUGGCGGCUAGUGCGGAGUACAGCGGCACAUGUUACAUCUUUUCUGCACGUCCAACCGACUACAGAGCGUACCUCAAAACAGACUGUCAACAGUUCAAUGCAACACCGGUCUUAGUUACCAACAACCAGAUACACCAGUUCCUGGUGUCACAGCUGAUACAAUAUCCACAGUUCGACGGCAAACACUUUUGGAUUGGUCUCCUUCAUCAUCCGGACCAUAACCAUUGGGUCUACGCCGAAGAAAGUCUGACACCGCUGCCAGACUACUUUAAUGAGUGGGCACCCGACCAAAACGUGACCCACGUGUCUGUUCCUAACAACUGUGCGACCAUGUCUGCUGCUCACAACUACAGCUGGGUCUUGGAGGACUGUCGGGCAACAACUCCACACUACAUUUGUCAGAUUGGUCCCACGACUACCACUGCUCACAUUACCACCAGAGUGACUACUUCUACGGUAGCCGUGACUUCCAGCUUCAUUAACACCACUUCAAGGAAAAUACCACCAUCUCCAAGUUCCACCCCUACACCCUUGGCAACAACAACGGCUGUAGCUACUUCCAAGAUAGUAACAUCAUCUGCAAGCCCUUCCCCAACACCAUUGAUGGGAACCAACGUUUCAAGUCCCACUCAAACACCACCUGAACUUUCUACGUCAUUGCCAACAACACGACCAAGAUCUACAACCAAGAUCGUAACACAAUCUCCCAGCCCUUCCCCAACACCAUUGGUGACAACAACAUCUAAACCUUCUACGCCAUUGCCAACAACAAGACCAAAAUCUACAACCAAGGCCAUAACACCAUCUCCUAGCCCCUCCCCAACACCUUUGGUGACAACAACAUCUAAACCUUCUACGCCAUUGCCAACAACAAGACCAAAAUCUACAACCAAGGCCAUAACACCAUCUCCUAGCCCUUCCAUAACACCAUUGGUGACAACAACAUCUAAAUCUUCUACGCCAUUGCCAACAACAAGACCAAAAUCUACAACCAAGACUGUAACACCAUCUCCUAGCCCCUCCCCAACACCAUUGGUGACAACAACAUCUAAACCUUCUACACCAUUGCCAACAACAAGACCAAAAUCUACAACCAAGACCAUAACACCAUCUCCUAGCCCCUCCCCAACACCGUUGGUGACAACAACAUCUAAACCUUCUACGCCAUUGCCAACAACAAGACCAAAAUCUGCAACCAAUGCCAUAACACCAUCUCCUAGCCCUUCCAUAACACAAUUGGCGACAACAACAUUUAAACCUUCUACGCCAUUGGCAACAACAAGACCAAAAUCUACAACCAAGACUGUAACACCAUCUCCUAGCCCUUCCCCAACACCAUUGGUGACAACAACAUCUAAACCUUCUACGCCAUUGCCAACAACGAAACCAAAAUCUACAACCAAGACUGUAACACAAUCUCCCAGCCCUUCCCCAACACCAUUGGUGACAACAACAUUUAAACCUUCUACGCCAUUGCCAACAACAAGACCAAAAUCUACAACCAAGACUGUAACACCAUCUCCCAGGCCUUCUCCAACACCAUUGGUGACAACAACAUCUAAACCUUCUACGCCAUUGCCAACGACAAGACCAACAUCUACAACCAAGGCCAUAACAACAUCUCCUAGCCCCUCCACAGCACCAUUGGUGACAACAAGUGUGAUGGCGACUGUUGCAGCAACAGCCUUUCAUAUUUGUUCGGAAGUAUGUCAUCGAUAUGCAUCCUGUGAAAUCGCGAUUUCUCCUUCUGGAAAUUGUGUCUGCGAUCCAGGGUACCUUGGUAAUGGGACGAGCUGUAGACCAGAUCCAGGCUCGAAAGAGCUCCAUUUCGAACAGCUGCUCCCAGGAAGACAGUUCACAAACGCCCUUCGGAACAGAACGUCACCAGAGUUUAGGAGACUCGCAUUUCUGCUGAAAAAACAGAUAUCGACCUAUCUUGAGAAUAGCACCUUCAGAGACGAUUUCGUCGGUAUAACUGUCCUGGAGUUCCGCAAUGGUAGCGUCCUAGCUGAUUUUGUAGUACACAUCAACAGAACUUCCAACGUCAACGAGAGCCACAUUAAAGACGCAUUCACACAGGGAAUUCGAAACAACCCAGGCAGCAACGUGCUCAGCUUUGAUCCAGCAGACCUAUGCUACAAGUCUGGCGGCGAAACUUCGUACUGCUCAUCUGUUAAGCAAGUAAAUCCGACGGAGGCUGUCCCAGCUACAACGGAUCAAAUGCUCAGUGGAGCUGUAAUUGCUGGCAUUGCUCUCGCGGCCCUGGCAGUGGUUCUGGUUAUUGCUGCCAUCUUUACAGUUUGGACAAGACAGAACAGGAGAAAAAAGAAGUACGACUCUAGACUUGAGGCCAAGAACCCUUGGUGGGAAAACUCUCGUCCAACGGUUGAAGCGAGAAGCUUAUCACGGCGUAGCGGGACGUCCAUGAUUGUAAAUGAUUAUGGUUUCAAAUAUUACUGACAUUGAAUUUGCUGUUACAAUGUUAUAUGUCACAAAAUGUAUAUUCUUCAUCUAUAUCUAUAUCUAUAUAUAUAUAUAUAUAUAUAUAUAUAUAUAUAUAUAUAUAUAUAUAUAAAUCUGCACGAUCAGUUUUACCAGCUUCGCAUGCGCUAGGCACGCGACAGUAGCCUCACAAGGCUUGAGCUUUUCACAACUGGCUGUAAGCAUUCUUUAAAGAGGGUGUCACUAUUGUACAUGUGUUGUAUAUGGUGGCAACGAGUUUCACCCUACAAUAUUUCUACAAAAUACGUACUUCAGUGAGGUCUCGAUGCUCAACCCUUUUUGUUAUGAUUUCAUGAUUACCCACAUGACUAUCAACCUAGUGACAAAUUUUACACAGAACGAAAGUGUCAAACAACGAUUUAUACAUCAUUGUCACUAUAUGUCAUAUCUAUAUUUAUGCAUCCUUCUACGAUUAUGAUAAUGAUUUCAGUCAAGAUAUGUGCAUGCCAAUGUAUAUCCACAAGAUAUCUAUUUGUUGUCUUAUCAUCUAAAUACAUGCACAGGUACAUGAGUGUACAAGUUGUGGCAUCUAAGACCAUAAAACAAAACGUUUUAUCUGUUCUAGUUCAGAUGUUAAUUACUUAAUGCUAAUCUAUGCAAUACACGGCCUGUCUAUACAAUGCACGAACAUACUGGCAUACAUAUGUAAGGCAUCAUCUGUAGCAUGAUUAGGAUGCUUAGAAGUAGAUUUGAAACAUAACUUGGAUUUGUAGGCAACUUUCCAUCUUUGCACUUAAAUGUAUCUUAUAUAUAUGUACCUUGUUGCAUACUCAAUGUAAGCAUUGAUGUAAGAGAUAGCAUAUCGUUUUUUUUUGGGGGGGGGGAGCAUUAGUGCUUGUCAUGUAUACUUGAUAAUAAAAAUUCAUGAUUAAUACACAUGUGCAUGCUAUUCCAUACCUUAAAACAUUCUUGUUGUGUAUGCGUUCAACAAAGUUUAUUAUGUUAUUGUAAAAUAUAUCGACCGACUUAAAUAUACGAUUACUACAUAACGUUAACAGUUUCAUUAAAAUCUAUAUCAAUAAAUUUCAUGUAGAAUAACAUAUGUCAAGUAUGCUACUGCCACAUUUUAGUUUCGAUAAAUUCUACUUAGUAGAUGCCGACUUCCAUUUGCAAAUUUAAAAAUAAAUUUUGUAACGUUAAGUAACGCCAAACGCAAUCUCCUGUUCAGUUGUUGUAUAAAAUGCCACGUACAUGCUUACCACUACUUUUUGCCUG